AUGCAUUGGUGGCAAACUCCCUUCUCUUCUUCCUCAGCUUCACAUUCACCUUCAUCUUCAUCUUCAACUUCACCUUCAUCCACGAAGCGUCAUUCCGAUGAUAGUGCUUUGAAAAACAAGAUAUUCUCCUUUCGCAGCCGAGUCUUCCGCUCCAAUCAGCCCCGCCUCACGCGCUCCAGUAGGCUUCGCUACCCUACCAAGGACCACCCUGACCUCCUAUGGCGCUCUCCCAGCGUUCAGAAUCAGUCCUCCUCCUCCUCCUCCUCUGUUGUUCCUCAGCCUUUGCCUCUUCCUGAAUUGGCCGUGUUGCUCCGCCAUGACGCCUCGCCUCGUAACCUCAGCUCCAGCCCCGUCAAUGUUCCUCUUCCAUCGCCCAAAGAGCGGCUGAGCAGCGGCGGAGAGGACACAGAAAGAGAAAGAGACGGUUUGACCGUUGAUACAAAUGAAUAUGGAGUCUCGCCCACCUCUGGAUCUGGCAGGUAA